GAGUGAGGGGAAGAGCCGAGGCCGACUCCGCCCCUGACGUCACGCCCUACGCGGUCCCCCGCGCUCGGCCCGCCCCGUGCGGCUGCAGUAGUUCGGAGUGGAGAAGCAGGUGUAGGAUCCGCUACCGCUGCUGAUAACUCCGGACUCCGCCAGCCAUGACUUCGGCCCCUGCGGAGGCAGAGACCCGGCAGAGGUUGCUGCGCACCGUGAAGAAGGAGGUAAAGCAGAUCAUGGAAGAGGCAGUCACGCGCAAGUUCGUCCAUGAAGACAGUAGCCACAUCAUCUCCUUCUGUGCGGCAGUGGAAGCCUGUGUCCUACAUGGGUUGCGUCGGCGAGCAGCUGGCUUUCUGCGCAGCAACAAGAUUGCAGCUCUCUUCAUGAAGGUGGGCAAGAACUUCCCACCGGCUGAGGAGCUGAGUCGCAAAGUCCAGGACCUGGAACAGCUGAUUGAGAAUGCGAGAAAUCAGAUCCAGGGCCUCCAGGAGAAUGUGCGGAAGCUUCCGAAGCUGCCCAACCUGUCUCCGCUCGCCAUCAAGCACCUGUGGAUCCGCACAGCCUUGUUUGAAAAGGUCCUGGACAAGAUUGUGCAUUACCUGGUGGAAAACAGCAGUAAAUACUAUGAGAAAGAAGCGCUCCUGAUGGACCCUGUGGACGGCCCCAUUCUUGCAUCUCUCUUGGUGGGGCCCUGUGCCCUGGAAUACACCAAGAUGAAGACUGCAGACCACUUCUGGACUGACCCCUCAGCUGAUGAGCUGGUCCAGAGGCACCGCAUCCACAGCUCACACCUGCGGCAGGACUCACCUACCAAGCGGCCAGCCCUCUGUAUCCAAAAGAGGCAUUCAAGUGGCAGCAUGGAUGACCGGCCAUCACUCUCUGCACGUGACUAUGUGGAGUCCCUGCACCAGAACUCCCGAGCCACUCUGCUCUAUGGCAAGAACAAUGUUCUGGUUCAACCGAGGGAUGACAUGGAGGCUGUGCCAGGGUACCUUUCCCUGCACCAGACAGCUGACAUCAUGACCUUGAAGUGGACACCCAAUCAGCUGAUGAAUGGGUCAGUGGGGGACCUGGACUAUGAGAAAAGCGUCUACUGGGACUAUGCCAUGACUAUCCGUCUGGAAGAGAUUGUCUACCUGCACUGCCACCAGCAAGUGGACAGCGGUGGGACAGUGGUGCUGGUCAGCCAGGAUGGCAUCCAGAGGCCACCCUUCCGUUUUCCUAAGGGUGGUCACCUCCUCCAGUUCCUCUCGUGCCUGGAGAAUGGGCUGCUCCCCCAUGGUCAGCUCGACCCUCCACUCUGGUCCCAGCGGGGCAAGGGCAAAGUGUUUCCCAAACUGCGCAAGCGAAGCCCCCAAGGUUCCUCCGAGUCCACGUCUUCAGAUAAGGAGGAUGAUGAGGCUACAGAUUACGUGUUCCGGAUCAUCUAUCCUGGCAUGCAGUCUGAUUUUGUUACUUCCAACCACUCAGGCAACACUUGCUCCAUUUCUGUGGGCCCUGCCUGGAUGAUGGUUCCUGCUGGUCAGUCCAUGCUGGUGGUGGCCAGGAGGAUUCAAUGGGCACAAGCCAGAUGGGACACCGCCCACCUCACACUGGCCCCAAAGGAACAGCGCCCCAUCCCCCAGGAUCUGAUGGAUGUCUCUGUGAGCAACCUCCCAUCCCUAUGGCAACCCAGCCCCCGGAAAUCCUCCUGUUCAUCCUGUUCACAGACUGGUUCAGCUGAUGGAAGCUCAAACAGUGGUUGCAACCAUGAAAGGGCUCCUCUGAAACUGCUCUGUGACAAUAUGAAGUACCAGAUCCUUUCCAGAGCCUUCUAUGGAUGGCUUGCCUACUGCAGACACUUGUCCACGGUAAGGACCCACCUGUCGGCCCUUGUCAACCACAUGAUUGUUUCUCCAGACAUGCCCUGUGACGCUGGGCAGGGGCUGACAGCUGUGAUCUGGGAGCAGUACCUUCAGGACAGCACACGUUAUGAGGAACAGGAGCUGCUUCGCCUAAUCUAUUAUGGAGGCAUCCAGCCAGAGAUCCGCAAGGCUGUGUGGCCCUUCCUCCUUGGCCAUUACCAGUUCGGAAUGACGGAGUCAGACAGGAAGGAGGUAGAUGAGCAGAUUCAUGCCUGCUACGCCCAGACCAUGUCUGAGUGGCUGGGCUGUGAGGCAAUUGUGCGCCAGAGGGAACGGGAGUCACAUGCAGCUGCCCUGGCCAAGUGCUCAUCGGGGGCCAGCCUGGACAGCCAUCUGCACCGAAUGAUGCACAGGGACUCCACCAUCAGUAACGAGUCCUCCCAGAGCUGCAGUUCCGGCCGCCAGAACCUCCGCCUGCAGAGCGACUCCAGCAGCAGCACCCAGUGUACUCUUCUUGGAGCCCACAGUGGUGCUUUGCUGUUUCUAAAUCAUUAUAUGCCUGUGCCAGCACUCAGACCUCUUAUUUCUUUGUCGCAAGUGGACACCUUGUUCUUCUUCACCCCUUUCACUGAUGAUGUGUUUGAGUCCGUGGAUGAGGCUGAGCAAGUAGAAGUAGAAGGCAGGUUGGAGGAAAAACAGCCCAAAAUCCCCAAUGGGAACCUGGCAAAUGGCACUUGCUCCCCAGAUUCCGGUCAUCCUUCUUCCCACAACUUCUCCUCCGGCCUCUCAGAGCACUCAGAGCCUAGCCUGAGCACGGAAGACAGUGUCUUGGAUGCCCAGCGGACUAUCCCCCCUGUGCUUCAGCCUGGGGACAGCAGUGUGGAUGACGGACAGAGCAGCGAGGCCACCACUUCACGGGAUGAGGCCCCUCGGGAGGAGCUAGCUGUGCAGGACAGCCUGGAAAGCGACCUUGUGGCCAACGGAAGCAUGGAUGAGUUCAUGUCCAUCACUGGCAGCAUGGAUGUGGCCCUGUCUGAAAAGGAUGGUGCUGCAAUGGAGAGCUGGCGGGGUGGGGAGGAAAAGCACAGCCAGCUGGACAGUGAGGACAACCUCUCAGAGGAGCCAGAAAUGGAAAGUCUCUUCCCUGCUCUGGCUUCUCUGGCUGUGACUACGUCUGCCAACAGCGAGGCAUCCCCUGUGUCUUCCAGUGGUGUCACCUAUUCUCCUGAGCUGCUGGACCUGUACACCGUGAACCUACACCGCAUUGAGAAGGAUGUGCAGAGAUGUGACCGCAACUACUGGUACUUCACACCUUCCAACCUGGAGAAGCUGCGCAACAUCAUGUGCAGCUACAUCUGGCAGCACAUAGAGAUUGGCUAUGUCCAGGGCAUGUGUGACCUUCUGGCUCCACUGCUGGUCAUUCUGGAUGAUGAGGCCCUGGCCUUCAGUUGCUUCACGGAGCUCAUGAAGAGGAUGAACCAGAACUUCCCCCAUGGGGGCGCCAUGGACACUCAUUUUGCCAACAUGAGAUCCCUGAUUCAGAUCCUGGACUCAGAGCUCUUUGAGCUAAUGCAUCAGAAUGGUGACUAUACCCACUUCUACUUCUGCUACCGCUGGUUCCUGCUGGACUUCAAGCGAGAACUUGUCUAUGAUGAUGUCUUCUCUGUCUGGGAGACCAUCUGGGCGGCCAAACACGUGUCGUCCGCCCACUACGUGCUGUUCAUCGCCCUGGCGCUGGUGGAAGUCUACCGUGAUAUCAUCCUGGAGAACAACAUGGACUUCACUGACAUCAUCAAAUUUUUCAAUGAAAUGGCUGAGCGGCACAACACAAAGCAAGUCUUGAAGCUCGCCCGGGACCUGGUGUACAAGGUGCAGACGCUGAUUGAGAACAAGUGAACAUUCUGUGCCCUGACCACACCGCCAGCCACCAGCCACUAUCCUCCUGCCCUCAUCCCUUGUGCCAGCUCAGUCUAGUGCAGGGUCUUGGCAUCUGCCCAUGAAUGUGGCCCUCUGUGUAGAGAAAAGGGACCCUGACCUUUGCCAUGGAGCAGAUGGGGUUAAGGGGUGGACCCAGUUCAGCCUUACGUUUUCUGUUUGACCAAAGAUUGCCCAAGUUUGGGGUUCUCCCUCACAGACUGGAGGUGGUAGGUGGAUGGAAGAAGUGUCUUCCUUCCCACUCCUCUCCUCUUUCUUCUGGCCUUCAUCUUUUCUGAUGAGACCAGGGGAGGUCACUGUUUAGGAAAUUGGUAUCAGAGAGAUAUCUGGGACUCCCCUUGUCCCCUGAAAAGGGCCUGUGGGCAAGUUCUGGAACCUGCCUGCAAGCCUGACUUUGAGCAGGUCUGUCCCCCUUCAGCACUGCUAACAUUUGAAGCCAGCGAAUAGUCCUGUGCAACGGAGGAUGCUAAGCAGCAUCCCUGGCUUCUACCCACCAGAUGCCAGUAGACUCUCCCCUCCUCUCACCAGAUUGUGACAACCUAAGAUGUGUCUAGACAGUGCCAGCCCACUUCUCUUUAUGAAGCUCCCCACUGUCCUGCAGCUUCCGCAGUCUAGAAAAUGCACACAGACUCCUUCACAAAUCUCUGCUGGAUCCCAUGAUCCAAGUAGCUAUAUUUGCUCAUUUUCCUUCUUUAUCUGAUGCCAGGAGAUACUUCUUUUCUUCCUUUCAAGAAAAGCACUUUCCUGCUGUUAAAGUGGGACCCAGGAGAUGUCUAAGGUAGUCUAAGACACUUGCAGGUCCUGCCCAAAGCUGAGGCAGGGCCCCAUUUCCAGGGGAAGACUUCACUUCCUGUCUACAUACCAGGGGGCUCCAGGUGUUGAUGGCUGCGCCUGGGCUUUUCUGUAAGCACCCUUGCUCACUCAAGACAAAGGAAGAAGAGCUAGGCAGGGUCCACCAGGUAGUGUUAGUUGUUUUCCCUGGAAAACAUUUGCUGCUCUGAGGUUGCUACCAUGGCUGGGUCUAAGAAUUGUCUCCUUCACACCAGGGGCCACUGUCUCCAGACAGACCCUGAGUAAAUUAGUGCACACUCACCUGGCCCACCAGAGAACUGCCUGGCCAACUCUCCUGCUAGAGAGUGUCCAAGUGAGGGGAUAGCAGGAGGUAGGGAGAAAGCUCAGGUGGUCCGAGACUGACCGCUGUGAUUUGGAAAGGGAGCGGACAGGGAAAGCGGACUGAGGAAUAGGCAGAGGGCAGUCCUGGACUGGGCAGACCACACCUCCCCUGCCAGCGCCAGCCGCCAGCCGCUCCUUCCGUCUGAACCCCACCCGCAACUUAAAAGGGACAGAAUGAACUGUGAGACCAAGCUGUGGGAGUCCUUGUGGGCAUGAAGGGAAGGUGAUGGCUUCUGCUGCCACCGGAAUCUCACCAUUGCCCCUCACCCCCCAGCUUCCUAAGACAGGAGAAAGACCUGUCAGAUAAGCCUUUAUUCGCCACUCAGCUGUGGACUGCAGAGGAUGUUAUUUUAGCACGACCAGGGCUCAGGCCUCUCCUGAUUCUUAUUUAUUUUUGUAACAGACCAGUCUCAGAUUAUAGCACAAGAUCUGUCUGCCUUCCCGUGUGGUGUUUCGAGAGCGUGUGUGGUUGCAGUUUGCAGUGAAGUGCAUUUAUCCUGUGAACUGUGCUUAUGCAGACCUCUAUCCAUUGUGUAUGUCUUUGUGUCUUGAAACUGAAUGUGUGGGAGUCAUUCUGUCUAUGGAGUGCCCUCUUUUUUCAGUGUUGAAAAUGUUUACUGAUGAACUGUGUCUAUAUAUAGAGAAAAUAAUAUAUGAGCAGAGAAAAAUGAA